AUGAGCGCCAUUGCUUUCACUUCCAUUUGCUUUAACAGAGCUCACUCUACUAACAAGAAUUUGUUAAAGCAACAGAAUGUGAAGUCGCGUAUCAAGUGUUCGAUCAAAAGUGGUAUAGAAACUUCACAAAAGAAUGUGCGUGUUGGUGUUCUUGGAGCAAGUGGCUACACUGGUUCUGAGAUUCUUCGGCUUUUGGCAAAUCAUCCACACUUUGAGGUUGCACUAAUGACUGCUGAUAGGAAAGCUGGACAGGCAAUCUCAUCUGUAUUCCCUCAUCUGGGCACACAAAACUUGCCAGAUUUGAUUGCAAUAAAGGAUGCAGAUUUUUCUGAUGUAGAUGCAGUAUUCUGUUGUUUACCUCAUGGAACUACGCAGGAAAUAAUUAAAGGCCUUCCGAAGCACUUGAAGAUUGUUGAUCUUUCUGCAGAUUUUCGUCUAAGAGAUGUUUCUGAGUAUGAAGAGUGGUAUGGUCAGCCACACAGGGCACCAGAUUUGCAGAAAGAAGCUAUAUAUGGAUUAACAGAGGUUUUAAGGGAGGAAAUAAAGAAUGCACGCCUAGUUGCUAAUCCUGGUUGUUAUCCAACUUCCAUUCAACUUCCUCUUGUUCCACUGAUAAAGGCUAAUCUUAUUCAGACUAGUAAUAUUAUUGUUGAUGCGAAAUCAGGUGUUAGUGGAGCAGGGCGAAGCGCGAAAGAAAAUUUAUUGUUUACUGAAGUAACCGAGGGUAUGAACUCUUAUGGUGUUACUCGGCAUCGCCAUGCUCCAGAAAUCGAACAGGGACUCGCAGAUGCUGCAGGUUCAAAAGUAACCAUUAGUUUUACCCCGCACCUGAUUCCAAUGAGCCGUGGUAUGCAAUCAACUAUUUAUGUGGAAAUGGCUCCAGGAGUAAAAACGGAGGACUUGUACCAUCAACUGAAACUAUCAUAUCAGGAGGAAAAAUUUGUUGUACUGUUGGAAAACGGUGUCAUUCCUCGAACUCAUAGUGUUAAAGGAUCAAAUUACUGUUUAAUCAAUGUUUUCCCCGACCGAAUUCCUGGAAGAGCAAUCAUUAUAUCUGUGAUUGAUAAUGUAGUGAAGGGAGCUUCAGGCCAAGCCUUACAAAAUCUUAACUUGAUAAUGGGAUUUCCAGAAAAUUUGGGUCUCCAUUACCUGCCUUUGUUUCCUUGA